CCCUCCCUCAACUAGAAAUGACAAUAUGGUAGAUUGCACCUUCCUUCUCAGAGGCUAGACCCAAUCUUUAAUAAGUUUUUUUUCAUAAUCAAACUUCAAAUGAAAUAUGUGAUUUGCAAAUUUGUGGGAUCCACGGAUAUGGAUGUAAAAAAGUUAAUAUUCGGCCCCAUGAAUUUGUAUUAUAAUUGUAUACCCUUAAAAAAUAAAUUUGUAACAAAAAUUUGGGACCCAAAUUCCACGAGCUAACGAUAGCUUAGUUUUUGAAUCUUCGAGCCAAAAUUUUCUUAUAAUAAUAAUUUUUAUCACGAAAAAGAAAGAAUAAGGAAUUGGAGGGGAUAAUAUUGCGGACAUGGAUGAAUAAAAGUAACAAAAAUUUGGGGCGUUGGAGUUUAAAUUUAGAAAGCUAAUGUAUUCAAGAAAAAUGUAGUAUAUUUUUGUGCAAAAAUGUUUGAUAAAAGAACAUUGGAAAAUUGGAAACUUUGCUCAAUUGGCUCCUAAACCGAAAAGGAAUAGCCAAAGUCCAACUAGAAAUUACUAAUCCUAAACGGAGAAGGAGAAAACAAUCCCAAUCCUAAUCCGUUAAGGAAAAGGAAAUGGAUUAUAUAUAUACAAAAAGCCAGCCACGGUCUCCAUCUCAGGCUCGGCCUUUGUUACAAUCAAAUACAAACAGUACAAAGAGAAACAAUGGGCGAAAGAUUCAGACGCCACUUAGCCACCAUCGUCGCCGUCUCCACCGCCGUCGUGGCCACCUGCGAGUUCUACAACAAAACCGUCCCCCAAGAAAUCCGCAGCUCCAUCGCCGACAGAGUCCACCGGUACAUAUCCCCCUCCGACGAGUUCACGUUCAUCGUGGAGGACAGGUGGCAGCGCUUCAAGAACGCAACGUUCGACGCCGUCGGCGUCUACCUCCCGACCAAAAUCGGCCCGUCGACGAGCAGCCUCAUGGUCGGCCACAACGACAGCAACAACAUCCUGGCGCCAGUGGAGCCCGCCAUCGCCGUGGGGUCGACGAUCGUGGACGAGUUCCAAGGGCGGCGCUUCGAGUGGACCCUCCACGAGGCGGCGGCCGAGAACUCUGGCGCCGGCGGGUACUUCAACAGCCGCAAGAACCGGUGGUACCAGCUUAAAUGCAGGAAGGAGGACGUCGAGUUCGUGACGGAGACGUACCUCCCGCACGUCUCCCGCGUCGCCGACGAGAUCGUGAAGGAGCGCGACGGCCUCAGCAUCUUCACGUACAGCAAGGGCGACGGCGGGUGGGACGCCACCGUUUUCAAGCACCCGUCGACCUUCGAUACUCUGGCUAUGGACCCUGCACUGAAGCAGGAUCUCAUCGAUGACCUGAAUCUCUUCGUACAGAGAAGGGACUAUUUCAGGAGCGUCGGCCGGGCUUGGAAGCGCGGGUACCUUCUCUAUGGCCCGCCGGGGACCGGGAAAUCGAGCCUGGUCGCCGCCAUUGCCAAUCACCUCAAGUACAAUGUCUACGAUCUCCAGCUGCAGAGCGUGAAAUCGGAUUCCGAUCUUCGAGACGUGCUCACCGCGACCACGAAUCGGUCGAUUCUGCUGCUCGAGGACGUGGAUUGCAGCAGCAAGAGCACCGAAAUUAGGCUUCCCAAGGAGGAAAUUGAUGAUCAGAAGAUGAAGAUUAAACAUAAGAAGGACGAAAAGAGCUCCACUGAUGGGGUGACGUUAUCGGGGCUGCUGAAUUUCAUUGACGGAUUGUGGUCGACCUGCGGGGACGAGAGGAUUAUAAUCUUGACGACGAACCACAAGGAGAAGCUUGAUCCAGCGCUGCUGCGGCCGGGGAGGAUGGAUGUUCACAUCCACAUGGGUUACUGCUCGUUUGAAGGAUUCAGAUUGCUAGCCGAUAACUAUCUUGGGGUUAAAGAGCAUCCCUCGUUCAAGUGCGUUGAGGAUUGGAUGCAGAGAGGGAUUCCCGUUACGCCGGCGGAAGUCGCUCAACAGCUGAUGAAAUCCGACGACCCUCAAGUUUCUCUCGACGGGCUCGUCGAGUUUCUCAAGAAUAAGAAGGAAGCCGAUCCGCCACCGCCGGCAAAAACAGAACAAGCGGAAGCAGGGAAGGUUGGCAAGAAAUGUGAGGCGGAGGCGGAGGCGGAGGCUGAGGAAGAAGAAGAUGUUACUAGUAGUCGGUCUAAAUUACUGAAGAAGAUCCUCUUCUUCUUCUUCUUCCUCAUCCUCUUCUUAUUGUUCCUCUCUUUGUUCUUCUGGGGACACCCUUGGUUUUCUUCGAAAGUUUCAAACGCCGGGAAUGUUAUUCUCUCACUGUUGCAGAGAAUCACCACUACUACUGUAGAAGCACUCAAUACUGAGAAUCGCUAUUGUCAUGUUGUUAUGAAGCUCACUUUCAAAUCUCAAUUAACAAUAACAAGAGUUUGAAACGAUACAUUAUUCAUUCGUU